AUGCCUGCAAAAUCUAAGCACGUGGUUCAAGCAACUGUGAGACCUUCCUUCCAGGCUUCCUACCGAUUUGUAAUUUCUUAUCAACUAGUGUUGGAUCAAGAUCAUGUGAAAAAUCCAAAUUUACUGGAGCCAAAACAUUUGUGCCACCUUCUGAUGAAUGGAGUUUUCCCUUCCUUCAUUAUCACGGAUAUUCAUGGACAGGGAAGUGCAAAGGAAAUUAGCAAGAGACAACUCUGGACAUUGUUCUCCUUAGAUAACUUAAAUUCUUACUUCACUUCUGACCCUUCAUACCAAGAACUGAUGUACUCGAUGGAAACACAGAAAACCACUGACAGACUGCCUGCCUUCAGCACCCAAGCCAUUGUUGAGUUCAACUUCAGUGCAGCUCCACUCCACAGUCCACCUUCUGUCUUUGUUCUUCAAAUUGAAAACAAUGGCACCGUUCCUGCAGAAUGGGCUUUGCUGUUCCCAGAUGACAUGAAGCUUGAAGUUGAACCUUGGGCUGAUACCGGAGAUCUUAAUGAUGAAGAACUGCAUCAGAUGAAAGUACUUGAAAACAAACUGUUCAUAAUUGAACCAAUACAUGGUUAUCUGGAACCUGGAGAAGGAAUGGCUAUUACACUAACUUAUAAUCAUGUACUGGCUGGCACUGACCAUCUCAAUGUCCUCUUCAAAGUUGUCAAUGGCCGAGAGAUUUUGGUAAGUCGUAUUGACUUAUUCCAUUUGUUUUGUUUAUAA